AUGCGUUUGCAAGGCAAGGUUGCCCUGAUCAGUGGUGGAGCAAGAGGGAUAGGGGCCGUCGAGGCCCACCUGUUCGCCCGCGAGGGGGCCAAGGUGGUUAUCGGGGACGUACUGGAGGAAGAGGGCCGAAAGACCGAGGCAGCGGUGAACGAGGCGGGUGGUGAGUGCAUCUUCGUGCGGCUCGACGUGACCAGCGAGGAUGACUGGGCGGCCGCCGUUGCCACCACAGUGUCCCGCUUCGGCAAGCUGGACGUGCUGGUCAACAACGCUGGUAUCUCGAUCACCGGCGGCAUUGAGGACCUGACGGUUGAGGACUGGGAGCGCACUUUCGACAUCAACGCCAAGGGAGUGUUCCUGGGAACCAAAGCCGCCAUACCCGAGAUGCGAAACGCGGGAAGCGGGAGCAUCAUCAACAUCUCGUCGGGGGCCGGUAUUGCGCCCGCGCCCGGCACCUCCGGAGCAUAUGCGGCCAGCAAGGGCGCGGUGCGGAUUUUCACCAAAUCAACGGCUAUCCAAUACGCCAGGGAGAACAUCCGCUGCAACUCAGUGCAUCCCGGACCAGUUGAAACGCCGAUGCUGCGAUCCGCCCGCGGCUCCGAUACCCAGCUUGAUGAAGCUGUCGAUCGGGUGCCGCUGGGACGGAUAGGAAGGCCGGAAGAAAUCGCCUACGGAGUGCUCUACCUGGCUACCGACGAAUCGUCUUUCGUGACUGGCUCAGAGUUGGUGAUAGACGGCGGAAGGACUGCCCAGUAA